GAAGCUUUUGGCAGGGGGGUAGAGCCUGGACAGCUGGGGAAAGAGCUCAUGGAGAGAGGACGCUUGGCAGUAUAAACUUCACCAUGGCUGCCCAGUCGAGCUUGUACAAUGAGGACAGAAACUUGCUGCGUAUUCGUGAGAAAGAGAGGCGGAAUCAGGAGGCUCUGCAGGAGAAAGACAAGUUCCCCGAGAAGACUCCCCUCUUCGCAGAACCCUACAAGACUAAUAAAGAAGAUGAGUUGUCAAGCCGAAUUCAGAACAUGCUGGGCAAUUAUGAGGAGGUCAAGGAGUUCAUCAGCAACAAAUCCCAUCAGAAUCUCAUAGGGAUUCCAAAACGCGUUGCUCCUCUGAUCCCACAAGGAAAGCCUGAUCGUCCAUACUUCCCUGAAAAGACCAGCCAUACCUUACCAUCUUCAUUCCACCGCACAACCCGCCAUCCACCCAUGGGACCUACGGUUGUAGCUCCUCCCCCUCCAAGCCACUCCAUUCACUAUCAAAAGGCACAAUCAAGAACAGAACCACCUUCGGGUUUGCACGUGAAGAGUCACAGCUUAUCCAAUGGUCGGAGCCAAGGUCAAGACCACAAUCGUGGCGGCCAGGAAAGUCACGCAGGUUUUCACCACAAGAGGAGUGACAGGCGUGCGGUUGGUGAAGGUCGUGCUAAUGAACUGCAGUCCUCCCUUUUGGCGCUUUCUCCAUUGCUGUCAUCUUUGUCUUCUCCAGUGGCACCCUUGUCACCUCUACAUUCCAGCCAGCAUAUCAAUUCCAGGUCACAGAACAGCAGCAAAAGUCAUGGGCCGACCUACAGUCAAACAAAAUCAUCUCAGGACCUAGUGACAGGAUCACAGGAGAAGGAAAGCCGGGACAGCUCAGCCGUUAACCUGACCAGCACCACCCAGCCUUCCUCUCAGACUUUUCCCCCACCUUUGCCAUCAAAAACCAGUGCAAUGCAGCAGAAACCAACUGCCUAUGUCAGACCAAUGGAUGGCCAAGAUCAGGCACCAGUUGAAUCACCGGAGCUCAAACCUCCCCUGGAGGAAUACCACGGAGAACCCGAUGAAAAAAUCUCAGAUUUGAAGGCAAACGCCAAAGCCAGACUAUCCAAAUUGGAAAUCCCUUCUGCGCCCAUAGAGCAAACCUUCCCCAGUGAUGUCCACUCCAUUGAAGAAAUUUUGAAGGAAAUGACCCACUCGUGGCCACCUCCCCUGACAGCUAUUCAUACGCCUAGUACGGCAGAGCCUUCCAAAUUUCCGUUCCCAACAAAGGAAUCGCAGCACGUUGGAUCUGUAGCACAGAAUCAGAAACAGUAUGACGCACCUUCAAAAACGUUGCCUAGUUCUCAACCAAGAACAUCAAUGCUCCAGGACGACCUGCAGCUCAGUGAUAGUGAAGAGAGUGGUGACGACCAAGUUGUUGAAAAGCCACCUUCUUCACUUGCUCCUCCAAGUGCCCUACAGUCCCAGCCCAAGAGCGUGGCAUCAGCACAUUCCAACAGCCCGGAGUCAGGGAGCACCAGUGACUCAGACAGCUCUUCAGACUCUGAGACGGAGAGCAACUCCAGCGACAGUGAAGCAAACAACCCUCCGAGAGCGUCAGCGCCUGAGCCUGACCCACCAACUUCUAAUAAAUGGCAGCUCGACAACUGGCUGAGCAAGGUGAACCCGCCCGCAGCGCCAACGGAGGGUCUCGGCGAAAUCGCCCAUGGGGAUGGAUGCGAGGAGGGCAAGGAGCAGGGGCAGGGCGUCAACAGCAAUUCCUCCCACCAGCACGGCGAGCCGAGGGAGCCUCAUCUCAACAGCUCCGGCCAAGCGGCCAGGGCUCCUCAGGACACUCAUCUUCCGACCAACCGCAACUGCCAAAAGUCUCCUGUGCAUGCCGAGGAGCCCUCGCCCAGGCAGACUGUGGGUAUCAAAAGGCCCGGCAAGGCCCCGGUGCACGAGGGGCCCAAGGGAGGCCUGAAGGUGGAGAGCGACCCUGGUCCUUUUGAGGUCAGAGACCAGUCUUCCAGGGACAAGCCAAAAGUCAAAACGAAAGGGAAGCCAAAAUCCGGUGACAAAAAAGACCUGAAGCCGACACCGCAAGAGCCCCCGGAGAACAGAAAGCACAAGAGCUCCCACCAGGCCAACGCCAAACCGUUAUUGGACCCCAAGCUCAUGAGAGACGUUCUGUUUGGCAGUGCCCAGGAGCAUGCCGCUCUCAGUCCCCUUCCUCAAGGCCAGGGCACAAGCCCCACCAGGACUAGCGGCCACAGGCCUGCCGUCGUGGCCAGAGAGGAUUUUCACAAGGAAAAACUUCCCUUGCCUAUCAGGGAGAAGAAGUUGCUCUCGCCAGUGAGGGACUCCCCCGCCCCUCAGUCCCUCGUGGUGAAAAUAGAUCUCCCUCUCCUGUCAAGAGUCCCCCAGCCUCCCGGGAAAGGCAGUCACCAGAAGAAAGCAGAGGGCAAGGAACAUCCCGGCGCAGGGAAGCAGGACGCGGAGAGGAAAACCACGGACGCUUCUGACAAGUCCCUUCAAAAGAGGAAGAGGGAAGUGGAGAAGGAGAUUGAUAAGAAGAAAAUGAAAUCAGAAAAAGAAACAAAACCAUUGCAGUCUUCAGCUAACAAAGACUCCAACAAAUUGAAAGCAUCAAAAGCUUCAUCUGAAACCCAGAAAAAAGAUCUCCUGCUACCCCCGCCACUGCCACCCAUGUCUCCUGCACAUCCCGCACCAAAGUCAACCAAGACGAUCCAAAAGAGACCCAGAAGCGAGAGCGGCGAGCUGCCUGCCACGGAUAACACUGCCAGGAACAAGAGCGACCACAAGGAUCCUUUGUUCUCCAAGCACAAGAAAGUGGAGAGAAAUCACGCUGAACUGUCGAAGGGCAUCAAAGGAUCUGCAGAGGAUGUCACAAAUCCUUUCCCAGUGCCUUCUUUGCCAAAUGGUACCUCCAAGCCAAGGAGACCUCAACUCAAGUUUGAAAAACAGCAUCCAGUGGAAUACUACAUAGAAGAGGCCAAGAGGCUGAAGCACAAAGCUGAUGCAAUGACCGACAAGACUGGAAAGGCCUUUCAGUACCUAGAGGCCACCGUUUCCUUCAUUGAAUAUGGGAUUGCCUUGGAAUCGGAUGCGUCAGCACCAAAAUCAGCUUACAGCAUAUUCAGCGACACCAUAGAUCUCAUCAAGUUCAUCAUGACAUUGAAAUCCUUUACGGACUCCUCAGCAUCUUCACAUGAAAAAAUCUUUGCCGUGUUAUGCAUGCGCUGCCAGUCCAUUCUGCACAUGGCAAUGUUUCGUUACAAAAAAGACACUGCAAUAAAGUAUUCCAGGAUCCUGAAUGACCACUUCAAGAGUUCUUCCAGAGUGACGCAAGCACCUUCUCCAUGUGUUGCAAGAAGCACAGGCAUGCCUUCUCCUCUUUCUCCAAUGCCCUCUCCUGCCGGUUCUGUGAGUUCUCAGCCGGGAUCGAACGCUAGCAGCGGCAGCAGCAUUGGCUCUUCAAUCACUGUCCCCUAUAACAUCCCAAGCAUCACCUCUUCCUACGUCAACAUCACUUCCUAUAUCCUCUAUGCGUAUGAUAUUUGGGAACAGGCUGAUGCGCUGGCCAGGAAGAAUAAGGAGUUUUUUGCUGAACUCGGCACAGCGACGUGCGCUCUGGCACUGAACAGUAGCAUGACCGAACUGGUACACUACACUAGACAGGGUUUACAGUGGCUGAGACUGGAAACAAAUACGCCUUAACUGGUGCUCAAGGUGGUUAAGUACCUUAAACUUUUUUGCACUUUUGAAGCCUCAGAAACAGUCUGACUUGUUGAAUCGUUGGAUACAAAGCACCUGCAAGGGAAAAUAAAUCAAGGUGGAAGGGAUCUGGUUACACUGGAAAAACUUGGAACUGUGUUUUUAAGGUAGCGCUUUGCUGCCUUGAAAAAGAAGAGACGGAGGAAAGCCUCAGCGUUGAUGGCACCUUCCUUUAAAACGACGAAGUGCAAUGAAUUGUCCGAAUGGCUCAAUGUAUUGAUGGUCUAUAAACAUUUCUAUUACGAAUAACCAGCAGGACAAUAAUCACACAUGAAGAAGUGCCGACAAGAAGGAAAUCUGCCUCCAGAGGUUAUUAUGCAACAUCCCCCAGUCUGCAACAGCUGUGUGCCCAGAAGACGUGUCAGAGAAGUGGUUUUGCGAGCACGGAUGCAAUCUUCGGUGUCUUUGUUCCUCAGGCGGCAAGUAGCAACCUCAUCAGCACCGAACAGCGUUACGUUAGAAUAAAAACAGCGAAGCGGUCUGCCUUGCCUGCUUUCCAACCUCACCCUCUUGCAUUUGUCAGCCAGCUGCUGUCCUGAGAAUCGGGGGAAGCCGCUGCCUUCAGUGCUGCAAGGUCGCUUUCUAAGUCAUCGCUGCUUUCGUCCUCCUCCUUGCCGUGCACUCACGCGUGCGCUUAGCACCUGAACUAUGUUACUUAAGAGUCUUGCUCGGUUUAAGCCUUGUACGCCAAACACAGCCGGGGUGGCAAAAUGACCAGGUAUGGUUGGAAACAGCUCUGCCUCUCUUCUGCGCUGGAAGGACGUCGCUCAGGCCGAAGCCUCCUUUGCCGGUUGCUUUUUGUCCUUUCGAUGGGUGGGGGUGGACAGCUGUACUGGGGCACUGUGAUUGCUUGGACAUUGUUCUGAGUCUGAGAGCCUACGUGGGGAGGAAUCGCUUCGAUUAAGGAGGGACUAACUGGCUGAAUGCGGAACAUAAGACAAAUUUUGCCUUUGGAUAUUUGCCUGCAACCGUUGCUGGUCUCGGUGAAUAUCUAAGAGCAGGAUUUGGUACCAAAGUAGGGCAUCCUUCCCGUGGGAGAUAACUCAUGUGCUCUUUCUCAACCAAACUACAGGAUGGGCCCAACGACUUAGAAAUCUGUCAAGGGAACACGAAAGGGAAUAAUUAGCUGUUUGCAAGCAUUUUUUUUCUUUGUCGGGAGCUGCGUUUUUGAAAUUGCGAUUUUGCAGGUGACGGUAACGGCGAAGGCAGCAUCCGCGGCAUUUGUGUAUUCAGUAAGAGGACACCCUUCUCUACCCAAAGAUUCCUGUUGUGUGACAGCAGCGUCCUGCCGUCCUCGUAUCUAAUAGUGUGCCUUAGCUCUCUGGUCCCCUCUCGCAUCCCUCGCCCUAUCUCUGACAGACCCGUGGGAGAGGCGAAGAGAAGGAUGGUAUCCCAAAAUAAUUGUGCUUACAGGAAAGAAUUAGCUCCCUUUCCCACGUAAUUUCAGGAUGGAGGAACGGGUCUGCACGAGCGCAGCGGUACCCCCUUCGUAAAACACCCUGCUCGUGGUUUUUGAGGCUCACGAAAAUGGACGGUAAAGAAAUACCGGCAAAAGGUCUGCAUUUCCAAAAGCAGUUUCUGUAGAAAUGGCCCCUGCCAGGGGGAAGCCCGGAGUCCUCUCACCUCUGGGAGGAGGCGGCGGGAGCCUGCCGCGGCUCUGCCCUAGUCCCGAGCCCAAGGGAGCUCUCCGCUUGCCUCCCCUGGCAGCGCCGGACCCCCGGCACCCCGGCUGGGUCUUCCCGCACCUUCAAGGGACUGUCCUUUUAUGUUCACUUUAUUAGAAGCCUUAGUGCAUUUCAGGGAUAAGCUGUCCUAACCAGUGGAAGGAAGGUCCAUGUCCCCCCAACCCAUCCCCGUUUUACUUAUCAAAGUUCACUUGCGCUCCUCCUCGCGGGAGGAGCGACUGCUCUGAGUGAGCCAGGGACAGAGAGAGAAUCAGCGUUAACUGUUUUGUUCUCAGGAAGCGUGGGGAUAGCCGGCCGGCCUGAAGGCUUGACGUGCACUUUGGAGCUCGAUUCCAGACUUAAGGGGUCGAUGCCGUCUUCUGACUUUGUCUUUAAACAAAGUUAUUUUUAGGAUCACCAGCUGAGGAGGAGGAGGAAGGAAGGAAGCUUUACUGAACCUGAAAACCGCUGUGGGAGUCUGCAAGAACCGUAGCAGAGUGUUAGGGUUAAGCGUAAGGUGAAGCAAGGACGCGGGUGUCGUCCCCGUCCCCCCCCCCCGGUACUUUCAUUUCGCGUACGCCCAUCUCUCUCCCUGCCGCCAAGCCGGCUUCCCGUCGGAAAGCUCACGCGAGGGCGUCGGGCGAGCGAAGUCAGUAAGAAGUGACCCAGAGAAGGCAGAUGAACCACUGCCCUUUGCUGCUUUACAGUUGGGAAAAGGCAACACGCGCUCCGCUACCGUGCGGAGGCGGCCGUGCAAGGGCUGCUCCCGCUCCCGGGGCAAACUCUCCCGGGCUUCGGAGGGAAGGAGGUGGC